AUGAAUGGAAUGCAAUUUCCUAGAAAACCAUCAUUUUUUUACUUGAAUGAAUUGGAAUGUAGAUUACUUGCUCCAAGAUUAGCAUUUCAGAAACUAAAGCAAGCACCUAGAGGAAGACAAUUGAAAAUCAAUGGGAACGUUGUUAAUGUACCUGCAGAUAUGACAAACACUGUUGGCAUGCUACCAAGGUUACCAAAUGAAACAGGCACCGGUACCAUUAAAGAGACCUUAAGAGAAAAUUGCAAUACAAAAGUUCGGCUUUGUCACUCAAUGUAAGACCAAACAAAGUAGUACAAGCAGCUAAAUGGCUUGUGAUUAAUGGUAAUCUUUAUAAAGAAGAAGGUAUAGCUUUCAAUGAUACUUGACUUGAAGGUAACUCUAAUAUUUUGUUAACAGUUAACGCAAAUGAUAACGAUCAAUCAACUAUUAGAGGGUCCAGAAAACAUAGAUUGUAAUGCAGAAAACAUGGACUGUAAUGCAGACUGCAAAACUGAAGGUAACUCUAAUAUUUUAUUAACAGUUAACGAAAAUGAUAAAGAUCAACUAUUAGCGGGUCCAGAAAACAUAGAUUGUAAUGUAGAAAACAUGGACUGUAAUGCAGACUGAAAACUGGGCAAACACCCGAUGAUGAAGAUCAUUGGAGUGAAGAUGAGGCACAAAUACCUCCUGGAGUCACUGACACCAUGUUAACAUCUACAGAUUUUGACACUGACAACGAACGCCAGCAUAUUUUGAAUGUUGCACCUGGUGAGGGAAAUAGGCCUAUAAGUAUAUUCAGAGAAAAAUAUUCAGAACUAGCAUAUCCUGGCAUAUUUCUUGGCCAGAAACGACCAGACAACACAGAUAGACUGACUGUGUAUAAUGAAAUGUGCAAGUCACAGUGA